AAGCUUAGAGAACCAUGAAGACCGCAUUCUAAUCAUCGUUGGUUCAGCCGGUUUGGUCUGGUUGGGUCAGGUCAAUGUCUCCAACAAUACCCUGCCCAUUACCAUCCAACCACAUAAGAGACAACAAGGAAGGAAAGCUACAAAAACAUAACUGAAGAAGAGAGAGAGAGAGAGAGAGAGAGAGAGAGAGUAUGGAUCUAGUUCCAUCAAAACCCUAUCUGUCUUUCUUCUUUUUCUUGUUUCUGGCGGGCAUCCCAGUGCUGUAUGCCAACAUUGGCGACUUUGAUGAGUUUUGGCGGAAGCAGUCCAGGGAGGCACGUGCAUCCGCACUUUCUUCCUACGAGCCCUUCCCUGACGAAGUGGCUGACAGCGUCAUCGAGGAGGUCCACUUGUCGUUGAAGGCAAACAAUACAAGGAGGGAGUUGAGACAGUACAAAGGCAAAUGUGAGGGAACAAACCCCAUCGACCGUUGCUGGAGAUGUGACAAACACUGGGAUCGUCACCGGAAGAGGCUGGCCAAGUGUGUCCUCGGGUUCGGCUGCAGGACCAUUGGCGGCAGGAACAGUAGGAUAUAUGUGGUUACAGAUGCCUCAGACAACGAUGUCGUUAACCCCAAGAGGGGCACUCUCCGUUGGGGUGUUAUACAGAAGAAGGCAUUGUGGAUAAUCUUCGCUCGCAGCAUGAUCAUUACCCUCAAAGAAGAGCUCAUAUUUGCCAGUCACAAGACCGUCGAUGGACGCGGUCACAACGUCCGCAUUGCUUAUGGAGCUGGAUUCACCCUCCAAUAUGUCAAGAAUAUUAUCAUCCACAACAUCUACUUUCAUGACACCAAGUCACGCUCUGGUGGCAUGGUCAGGGAUUCCCUUGCCCAUGUGGGGUUCAGGACAGUUAGCGAUGGGGACGCCAUCAGCAUCUACGGCUCUAACAACAUCUGGAUCGACCAUAACUCCCUGUCCAGAGGCAUUGAUGGCCUCAUCGACGUUAUUGAGGGAUGUAAGAAUUAA